GUGCUUACAAGUUUUUAUAUGUACACACAUAUAUUUACCAUUUAAUCAGUUGCCAAAAUAAUGGAUUUAAAAACCUUUCAGAGCCACUUGCGAAAUGUAUGGGGUUAAUUAAAAAUAGACUAUUUCGCAAUUGUCAGUUGUAUGUCAUGAAACAUGGGUAAAGUAAGAGCGUUCACGAUAAAUUUUGCAAAUACAAGUGGGAUAUUUUAUCCUGGACAGCCUGUUCAAGGCGAAGUACUGGUUCAAGUAAAAGAAGAAGUGAAAAUAAGAGAGAUACGCCUGGAGUUUGGUGGCUUUGCGCAUGUCCACUGGUCAGAGAGUCAUGGUAGUGGGAAACACAGGAGAACAGUGCAUUACUCUUCAAGAGAAGAAUACUUCAAAGUAGUUGUUCCAUGCUUAUCACCACCUCAUGGCGAAGAGAAAAUGAUGUUAAAACCAGGGGAAUAUAGAUAUCCAUUUCAAUUCCAAAUACCACCAAGUAGUCCCUCGUCGUUUGAAGGAGGGAUCGGAAGAGUCCGGUAUUAUGUUAAGGGCACUAUGGAUAAGCCGUGGGCUUUUGACGUGGAGGAUGUCAGAUAUUUUACAGUACUGAACCUGCUCGAUCUUAACCCAAUACCGGAAUCAAAACAAGGACAAGAAGCUCAAGAUUCCAAAACGCUGUGUUGUUUGUGUUGUGCCUCUGGUCCAAUUUCUGGCAAACACAACAUCCCCGUAUCUGGUUAUGUACCAGGGGAAGCAAUUCAGAUAAACGCUGAAUUAAUCAACCACAGCAACAGAAAUUGUGAAAUAUGGAUGGAACUUGUACAAUCUAUCAGAUAUAUAACUGCAAGAAAAACAAGAACUGUGAACACGGUUGUGCAAAAAACUACAGCAAGAACAGUAGGCAAAGGUGACUCGGAUUACUGGAGAGGAGAACAGAUCACUGUACCACCGUUACCAUCCACUGGCCUUCAUGGCUGUAAUAUAAUAGACAUUUUGUAUUUGUGGGUUUUGGUUUGUGACCCCGCGGGUCCAGCUAUCAAUUUGAGAGUAAAUAUACCAAUUAUAAUAGGCGGGAUACCACUAGUGUCUGCUGCUCAACUGUAUGGAAAUGUCAAUCCAAUGAAUACCGGAACUAGCGUAUUUCCAUCACCAUUUCAAGUCUUUCCAGAAAAUGUCCCGCAACCAGUAUAUGCAUCAUUUUCAACAGGGAAUCAUUUACAGAACCCUGGACAGGCUGACAACUCGGUAGCGCCAUCUGGCGACAACCAACAGGACGAUACGUUCACACCUCAGUAUCCAUACUAUAACUGGAACACGUACGACACUAAUUUCAAACCAACUUCAUUCUAGUUAUAAGCUGUAUUGUAAUGGUUUCUUCUUGAAGGGACUUUGACAGGCACCUGAUAAUUGAUUAUGACUGGCUUUGAAGCAAUAUCUGUGAUAUUAUGUAUUUUGAUAUUAAUUUGAUGCAUAAAUAAAGUUUGCGUGCAACGAAUGUGCCAUAUAACCUA